CCAACCCCUUAUAAAUCGGACUCCUACCUUGCGAAAACUUCCAACCACGUUUUCCCUCCCUUUCUCCCCGUUUCCCUCAUUUUCCCGGAAAGUAAAAGAAGAGCUAACGGGCCAUGCGAGAUGGUUACCGCUGGUGUAAACAACGCAACCAACGUCGUCGGUAGCCCAGGCAGUGGACCCACAACGAGAAGACGCGUGUCAGAAUUUUUCGACUCCGACAGGCUCUCGAGGUCGUCUUCCGAGUAUUCGUAUUAUAUAACAGAUGAAGAAGAAGACGACAACUGUAACGGCUCUUUUUCCGGGGCCCACAAUCACGGCCAUUUUUGUCAUCAUCAUCAUUCAUUGAUAAAGUUUCGGCCUUUGCGUAGGAAAAUAUUCUCGUGGGUGAACGAGACGUGGCUGUUUAAGAUAGAGGAGACGAUUCAUCACUGGACGGAUUCGAUGCUUCAGAGUUUGAGAUUUAGACCGAGCUUGGCCCGGAAAAUCGUGUGGGCAUUUAUGUUGUUGGCCUUGGCUUCAGUAGUUUUCAAGGUUUCGUUUUUGAGUAGUUACGUUGAGAUUAAUGGCAAAAGCAGAGAAAAUGGCGUCGUCAUCUUGCAAACCGUUAAAGAAGAUUGGGCUUCCGCUCAACAUAUUGUCGCUGAACAUAACGAACCCUCCAUGCCCAUAAGAGUUUUGGAAAAAAUAUCUACGCCAGAAAUUUGGAUGAAACCCAACAGUGAUAAUUUUUACCAGUGCAUAGCUCGGCCUAAGAAUCAAUUAAAUACUAGGAACAACACUAAUGGCUAUCUUCUUGUUCAUGCCAAUGGUGGAUUGAAUCAAAUGAGAACUGGGAUUUGUGACAUGGUGGCUGUUGCAAAGAUAAUGAAUGCCACUCUUGUUCUUCCUUUUCUUGAUCAUGACUCAUUUUGGACUGACCCCAGUGAUUUCAAAGAUAUUUUUGACUGGAGGCAUUUCAUGGCAGUUUUGAAAGAUGAUAUUGAUAUACUGGAGUAUUUGCCGUCACGUUAUGCAGGGAAGAAGCCAUUGUUAAAGGCUCCUGUUUCAUGGUCGAAGGCUAGUUAUUACAGAAAUCAAAUGCUUCCAUUAUUAAAGCGCUACAAGGUGUUAAAGUUUACCCACACUGAUUCAAGACUUGCCAAUAAUGGCCUUGCACCCUCAAUCCAACGGCUUAGGUGCCGGGCAAAUUAUGAGGCUCUUCGGUACUCCAAGGACAUUGAGGACCUGGGAAAAGUUUUGCUUAAUAGACUUAGGAACAAUAGCACACCAUUUAUCGCCCUGCAUUUAAGAUAUGAGAAGGACAUGCUUGCCUUCACUGGCUGCAGCCACAAUUUGACAGCCGAAGAGGCUGAGGACCUUAAGGUGAUGAGGUAUGCUGUCAAACAUUGGAAGGAGAAAGAGAUAAAUGGCAAAGAGCGGCGACUACAAGGUGGGUGCCCAAUGUCCCCUAGAGAAGCAGCUCUGUUCCUCAAGGCCAUGGGUUACCCUUCCACCACAACCAUUUACAUUGUUGCAGGGGAAAUUUAUGGCAAGAACAGCAUGGAAGCCUUCCGUUCAGAGUUCCCAAAUGUUUUCACUCACUCCACUCUUGCCACUGAAGAAGAGUUGGAGCCCUUCAGACCCUAUCAGAAUCGCCUUGCAGCCCUGGACUAUAUUGUGGCACUUGAAAGCGAUGUAUUUGUUUACACAUAUGAUGGAAAUAUGGCCAAGGCAGUGCAGGGGCAUAGGCGAUUCGAAGGGUUCAGAAAGUCCAUCAACCCUGACAGGCAAAAUAUUGUUAGACUUGUAGAUCAAUUGGAUGCAGGUGAAAUAACUUGGCAAGACUUUUCUAUGGAGGUUAAAAGUUUACAUUCAAGCAGGUUAGGAGCACCAUACCCUCGACAACCUGGAGACUCUCCCAGGACUGAGGAAAAUUUCUAUUCGAAUCCUUUCCCGGGUUGUAUCUGCAACAAGACUCGGGAACAACAAACUACCAGCCUGAACCUUGAGAAGAUGUUGAGUGCAAAAGCUGUAUCACAAAAAUAGGGUGGUCUUUGGCAAGUAUGUGGCUCACGGUCUCACACAUUUUUACAUAAAAACCAUUGCUUAAGAGGUGAAUGGUAUAGGAGGAAUUGAAAUUCACCUGCAUUUUGCCUGUGGAAGUAGCAGCUGCCAAGCCAGCAGGAUCAAAAAGUUCAGUUUUUGUUACCAAUUCUCCAAUUAGGAAGGCAGAAAAGGUCAUAUAUAAAUCUGAGAGAGAGAGAUAGAGAGAUGGGUUACAGAGGAACAAAGAAACACACAGGAGAAAAUUCAAUUGAUUUAUUAUUCUUUUCUUAAUUUUGUAUACCAACUUAGGCCUCAUUACAGAAUCUAAAUGUUCAUAAUAGAAAUUGAUAAAUUUUUCUCCA